UUUUUAAUUUCGACGGAGCAACAGCAACCUACAGAAACUGAGAAACACAUCAGUAAACUUGAGAUGAAUAACACUAUAAUGUUAAUGGGCAGAAGAAUAAGAGCAAUGGCAGCAGUUCAAAAUAAACCCCAGUAUUUAUUUUCAACUAGCUUCUGCCGAUCUUUUUCAUCUUCUUCAUCCCCUCCACCCACCAACAAGCUUUUUGUUGCUGGCUUGUCAUGGUCUGUGGAUGAGAAAUCACUGAAGGACGCCUUUUCUUCUUUCGGUGAGGUUACUGAAGUAAGGAUAAUGUAUGAUAAAGAUACUGGAAGGUCGAGAGGUUUUGGUUUUGUAUAUUUCUCGAAUGGAGAUGAAGCUGGAUCUGCAAAAGAUGCAAUGGAUGGAAAGGCAUAUUUAGGACGACCUUUAAGGAUCAGCUAUGCGCUUGAAAAGGUUCGUGGUGGACCUGUGGUAGUACCGCGCCUUGCUAACAGUGGAAUUGCUAAUGCUGGGAAGAACUGAUUCACGUACUGUUAAUUAUGAGCAAAUCCCAGCUUAAUUUGCGUGGCAGCUUUGUUUGGAGAAGGAAGCAUAUUUGGCAUUGCUGUUGUGCAUCAUUGAAGGCUCGAAGCUUUCUGCUGUGACAGAUACCCAGCAAGUAUGCCUUUCAACUUGGAUAUAGGAAGUUUAUUACGCCGGCUUGAUACUCUCGUAAAUUAUACGAAAACCUUUUUCCUUGUAAGACAAAGUUGUUGGGAAAUUUAAUUGGUAUUAUGACUAAUUUUAUGAUAUCA